CUUAAUAAACAUUGUUUUUUCGUCGGUCGAAGUAGGUGGAACGCGUGACACUUGCGCUUAUUGAUUUUGCCUUCUGCAGAAUUAAUAUUUAGAGAGUUUUUACAUCGUGUCUCCGGAUUUCAGUGCCAGUGUUUCCGUUCUCAACUUCGAUCCCCAGUUCGUAGCGGGAGUGGCCAGCGGUGUUACUUUACGGUGGUUAGCGAUGCGUGCGUACUAGGGCGUGCGAGAGAAGGUCGUCACGACGUGAAUCCGUGCAUGAUGAAAUGAUGAGCUGUAAAUAGUGUUUUCGGUGUGCGAGUUAAUCAUCUCGUGCAGUUUGCUCUAGUCCUACUGCCUAGCAGGCUAGUGCACAUUGCCUUUAACUGAAUAAAGGAUCCCGGUUUUCUGUUGGCGUGCGGUACAGAGAAAGAAGAAGCAGCAACUCCGAAAGUGCGUGUGUGGCUGUGCAAGUGAUCUGCAUAAAGUUUGUUCCGUUCCUUUCAACCGGGCUCCGGCUACGGCAGCAGCAGCAUGGAGAUAGCGCAGGCCGUUUCGAACGCGUUCUGGUCGACGAAAGUGUGGCUACCGCCGAACACCACCUGGGAAGACAUUCGGCCGGGUGUGCGAUCGGACGUGAACCAUGCCGACUACCGGCACCUGAUUUAUCCGAUUCCGAUAGCCGCGGUGAUAAUCGUGCUACGCUGGGUCGUGGAACGAUAUUGGAUCGCACCGAUCGGUAAGGCGAUUGGGAUUAAGAGCACCGGACCGAAACCACCGAGACCAAAUAAAAUUCUGGAAGCGGCAUACAAUGUCAACAGUCGGCUUAGUCACAAAACGACGAUGCGGCUAGUAAAGCAGGUGGAUAUGACGGAGCGACACAUCGAGUACUGGUGGCGACGGCGCCGGGCACAGGACAAACCAACGACGCUGGUCAAGUUUUGCGAAACGUCCUGGCGGUGCAUCUACUACACGUACAGCUUCAUCUUCGGUUGCAUCGUGAUGUACGACAAGCCGUGGCUGUGGGAGAUCAAACACUGCUGGUACGGUUACCCGCACCAGUCGGUCACGAACGACAUCUGGUGGUACUACAUGAUCUCGAUGGCAUUCUACUGGUCGCUGACCGCCUCCCAGUUCUACGACGUGAAGCGAAAAGAUUUCUGGCAGAUGUUUGCCCACCACAUGAUCACCAUCCUGCUGAUGGCGCUCAGCUGGGUGUGCAAUCUGCAUCGGGUCGGUUCGCUCGUACUGUUGGUGCAUGACUGUGCAGACAUUUUCCUGGAGUCCGCUAAGCUGACGAAGUACGCACAGUAUCAGAAAGUGUGCGACACGAUCUUUGCCAUCUUCACCGUUGUGUGGAUCGUGACGCGACUGAUUCUGUACCCGCGCAUCAUCUACAGCUCGUCUGUGGAGGCGCCACAGAUUCUACCAAUGUUCCCGGCGUACUACAUCUUCAACACGCUGCUCAUACUGCUGCUCGUGCUGCACAUAUGCUGGACCUAUCUGAUCGUACAGAUUGCGAUCAAGGCAAUCAAAUCGGGCCAGAUGGAAGGCGACGUGCGGUCCAGUUCCAGCGAGGAAAUCUCCGACAGCUCGGAAACUUCACGCCCACUACUAACGAACGGCGGUACGCCCAAGAAGCAACCGAACAAAAACGGAACGACGGGCAGUGUUGGUGCUUCCCCGAAAAAGAAACAAUAAAUUGUGUGUCGGCACCUUUGCGCAGACCAGCCGUUCGGACAGACCACUCAUCACCUUAGAACCGCAUCACGGCGUGUGUAUCACGUGUAACAACGUACCAUAGUGUAGAGGGCUGCAACUACAACAAAAUAAUAAUAUUUUGGGAUACAAAAAGGGGGGGGUAUCGGCUAAACCUUAACCCUUCCCGUAUCCGGCACUUCAACAACCCUGUUUUGCCUCCUUUUUGGCCUUGGCAUGGCGUAACGCGGGUUUUGUGCUAGCUCCUGAACUAUACCCCUCCGUAACGUAUUGAUCAGGUCCAUGAUCUAGUCGAGCUUUGAACCGGUCAUACAUACACACAUCCUCCUAUACUGUUACUACAAUACAACGUAAAUUCCUGCCGUAAAUAGUAAAUAGUGCCCAUUACAAAAAAACAAAAACAGUGCUAUUAUUCAGUUAAUGGCGCACAGAACAGAAGAAAAACGCUAUUAGGAGACAGUUAACCGAGAUGAAAAACUCUGUGUGCACGGGGAUAUGAAAAACCAGUUUUUUAUAAGGUACAUUUUGUUAGUUUGUUUUUCCCCUCUUUUUUUUCCCUGCUAUAUAGAAUACAUUUAAAGUAUAGUUGAAUAGAGCUAAAAUAAUUUGAUAAGCUUUCCUCCUUCCCGGAACCGUGGAAUCGUGGGCAAUGCUUUCGUGCGUUUAAUGACGGAAAGUUAUGUUUGUGUACGAACAAAUAGCUGUAAGGGGGAGGGUAGCAGCAUAACCAGCAUAAUCAAAUGAGAGCAAGCUAAUUUGGGGAAAACUCCAGCAGCAGCAGCAGCUAGCAGAUAAGUAUUUAUUAGCUAAGAAACACAAUACGGAAAGAGAAGGGAAUGAAUUGCAUUAAAAAAAAAACAAAACAAACCGACGAAAAAGUUGUUCAGUCGAAAAUGAAUUGGUUUGAAUUAGAUAAAACUAUGAGAAGGGAAGAGGAGCAGCAAAUGUUUGUGUUGAAACAAACCAUCUCCAGUGGGGAGAGGAUUAAAUAAUAAAUAGUUUAAACGACGAUGACGACGAGAAAAAAGAAAAAA